AUGGGCGUGUCAGACCCGCCCACGGCUUUUUUCCGCGCUCUUACGCUCUUAAGUCGCGAUUGGGACGAGCGCGUGCGGGUCCUCAGUGUUCAAACCUCGGCUUUAGGUCCCGGGCACGUGAUCGGCGGGUCCGAACCGGCCGAACUGGCCGAGGACAUGUUGGAGGCCGUCCAAGCCAUGGCUCAACGGGUCCCGCAGGUCCAGACCCAAUUACGGCGCGACACGCAAGAUUUGCACGCCUUCUUGGACGCAUCGCGGCUUCAAUGGCAAGAGUUGCUGCGAGAGCUGGCCCAAUACGAACAAUGGGCCGGGCAGUACGGGUACACGCCCCAAUUGGCCGCGUCCGACGUGUCCGACCCGUCCACCUGGACCUGGGACCAAAUCCUGGCCGAUUAUUCAUCGGCUCGGCCCAAUGAACCGGCUAACCUGCCGGACUCUGAAGAGGCGGAGAGCGCUCCGCCCACCAUUUUCGAGUCGGGCGUCAGUCAAGGCGCCUUGCAGGCCUUGGGAUAUACUUUCAAAGAGUCCAUUCCGGCUCCGGCCUGGGCUGAGACUGAGGCCAGCCGCCCGCCCCCGGAGCCGUCAGCCGCUCCACCUUCGGCUCCGCCCUCGGCUCCGCCUUCGGCCGGCACCCAUGGAUCGUUGGCCCUAACCUCCGACGAGGAGGAUUCCGGACCCUUGCCCAUCAUGAAGAAACCAGCGCCGCUGGUCGGGACCCCAGAUCCGUUGUCGCGUCCCGGCGACCAAUCCCGCGUCGAAAUCACACCCGGGUUGUUUGUGCGGAAACCCAAGACCAAAAGUGCGGAUCCGCCGCCCCCGCCGCCUCGUCAUAUGGCCCCAUCGGGCCCGCCACCUGAAUUCCACCACCCGAUCGAAGACGCGCUCACGCCCCAACGUCCGGCCUUGACGGUGGAUAUCCAGCGGAUUUUGGCGCAGGCCCGACGGGCUGAGCCCAGGGUCCCCCCACCGCCCGCCCAUGCCCGGACGGAACGCAUGGAUGAACUCAAACCCCAAUAUCCUGCAGCCAAGUCCCCUUACGGGCAACGGUGGUCACGGCUGCGGGAUAACGAGAAUGUUCAACCCGCCUCGUUUCAGGACCCGGACGAUCUCACGCCCGAAAUGCCGAAUUUAUCGUCGAAAAAGGGCCAGCAAUUGGCGCACAUGAGCGCUCAAAAGCCCCCCACCCGCCCUCACGUCAUCGAGUCGGGCGCUAGUCCGCCCUUGAAUUCGGAUUUGACGGCCAGCCCGGGUCCGCCCCAACGACCUCAACUUCAAAGCGAGGCCUUGGGUCAAAUUCGCGACCGUGUUUGGUAA